AUGGGUGAUUACUUUAUAAAGCUCAAUAUGUGGGAUACCGCAGGACAAGAAAGAUUUCGAUCACUCACUCCAAUGUUUUAUCGAGAAACAGAUUUUAUUGUACUAAUUUAUUCAGUUGAUAAUCUCCAAUCUUUUAAAAGCCUUGCUUCAUGGUGCAAUAGUAUUACGACAGAGUGUGUAACCCAGCCAACGAUUGUUGUAGUUGCAAAUAAAUCAGAUUUAGAAUCACAAAGAAUGGUUACGACAGAAACUGGUCUGAACUUUGCAGUUGAGCAUGGAUUUGAUUUCAUUGAGUUGAGUGCAAAAGAUCAGCCAGAUAAAAUCAACGAUUUAAUGAAUCUUAUCGGCAAGAAAUGCUUGACAAAAAUUAUUAGUAAGGACGUUAAUGAGCCAACAGAUGUACUUGUUCAUGCAGAAAAGUCAUCAUGUUGCUGA